CACACAACUGUAUCCAAUGAGGCGUUUAGGCGGAAGUAUCGGUCCCCGGAAGUAAAGUUGUGUCUCCCACAUGGACGCUGCUCUUGGAGUCCUCACCUCCAGAUCGGUGGAGAUGUACAAACCAGUAUGAAGAAUGAGUCCUAAACGAGGGCGGACGGGCAGGAGGAGGCGGAGGAGAGGGCCGGAGACAUCUACAGUGAAUCAGAGUCAUGGAAGGCCAUACAUCCAGCUGAUGAGGUGGAUGAAGGAGAGAGGAUUCCGGGACAAGCGACUCAGGACGGCCCAUUUUCCAGAUACGGGGAGGGGGCUGAUGACCACCCAGCUGCUGCAGCCAGGAGAGCUGAUCAUCUCCCUGCCAGAAUCUUGCCUGCUCACCACCAGCACGGUCCUCACCAGUUACCUUGGCAAAUAUAUCCACGGGUGGCGCCCCCCUGUGUCCCCUUUGCUGGCUCUGUGCACGUUCCUGGUCUUGGAGAAGUACCUUGGAGAUCAGUCCCCAUGGAAGCCGUACUUGGACGUGUUGCCUAGUGCCUACGACUGUCCGGUGUACUGGGAAGAAGAGACGGUGAACUAUUUGCCGGAUCCUGUGAGGCAGAAAGCCGUGGAGCAGAGGAGCGCCAUUCAGGAAUUCUACUCCUCAGCAUUGCCGUUCUUCAAGUCCCUCAGUCCCUUGUUUCCGGAGGCCCCGGAGAACAUACUAAGCUAUGAGGCCGUGCGGUGGGCCUGGUGCACGGUGAAUACCAGGACCGUGUACAUGAAACACGCUCACAGGGAAUGUUUCUCUGCUGAGCAGGAUGUGUAUGCUCUGGCGCCAUAUCUAGAUCUCCUGAACCACAAUGCUGGCGUGCAGGUGGAAGCUUCUUUCAAUGGGAAGAAUCGAUGUUACGAGAUAAGGACUAAGGUUCCUUACAAGAAAUACGAGCAGGUGUUCAUAUGCUACUCACAUCAUGAUAACCAGCGCCUCCUCCUGGAGUAUGGCUUUAUUGCAGCUCACAAUCCUCAUCAAAGUGUGUAUGUGGCAAGAGACGCCAUCCUUCAGUUUGUUUCCAGAAAAGACAAACAGUUACACAAGAAAUGGUCGCUUCUUAAAGAAAAUGGCUUUUUAGAGAACCUGACAUUUGGACCAGAUGGCCCCUCCUGGAGGCUCCUUACAGCCUGCAGACUACUGUGCCUUGGCGCUGAUGAGUUCACAUCCUGGAAAAAAAUUCUUCUGGGAAGUUUUGUGUCUGAGUCUUGUGAGCGGGCGUCCGUGGAACUUGUGCGGAAACUCUGCCUCCAUUUACUAGAACAGACCUCCCGUGCUCUAGACGAGAUCUCAUCUCGGAAAAGUGAGAAGACAGCGGAUCCUCACCUGGUUUUGGUGGAAGCCUUAAGACAAGAGGAAAUGAAGAUUCUGACAUCUUCAGCCAAUAUCCUAGAGAAUGGAGACACAACUACAAUAUGACUGAGGUUGGCGCACAUACUCGGUUCCAUCCUUUAACUGCCACCAGCCUUAUCUACUGUUAGAAACUGUGACAGUUACAUGGAGAGAGCUGCAACAGAAAGGACAUGCCUCCUGAGCUGUAAUAGGGAGAGAAUUUCAGCAGCAAGGACAUGCCCUUGAGCUGUGACAGGGAGAGAGUUGCAGUAGUAAAAAAAUCACCCCCUGGAUGUGCCCCCUUAGCUGUGAUAAGGAGAGAACUGUAGCAGAAAGGACACGCCCCCUUGAACUGUAAUAAGGAGAGAGCUGCAGCAAAAAGGACGCAUCUGGUGAGCUGUGAUAGAGCUGUAGCAGAAAG